GAGUAAAUAUAAUAAUACAUAUAAAAAUAGCGUUCCCUGGUUCAUUUAUAUUUAUUUGUCAUGAUGUUUUCAGCUUAGCCAGGUCUCUGGAGCAUUUGUGUCUUGAGACUAAGCAGAGAUGAGGGAGGGAAUAUGGUUCUGUGCAUUAGGUCACUUUGAAUAUCUUUGUGAGCUGACAUCACCUUAGCCUUUAGAGAGGAUUCGAGACUAGGACUGAGGAAAUGAUCACAAUGUACCGCCAUCUACUGGUACUAGUCUGUAUUGUAAUCCUCUGUGAUACAAUCAGAUCUCAAAUAAUUAAACACAUCCCAAAAAUUGCAAUAUCAGCAUAUUCCAUGUGUAUAUGUGUGGGGUUUUGCUUGAACAUCUUAACCAUAAGCCUGUUACAUGUGACACCAUGUCUUAUCCUGCAGUGUGUCUAAUAAUGUCAGUACUCUAAGGGUUUUAAGAUUGUGACACUCCAUGUCCAUCUGGCUGAUCUGACUGUUUAUUAACCAUAUGCCCGCUAGCUCUGAUCCCUCACUGAGUUUGUAAUUCAGGGGUGCCCAGUCUUAUCCGGUAAGGGGCGGUGAGAGAGAGAAGCUCGACUGAUUAAACAGGUGAAGUCAGGUGUGGUUCCUCUGGGCCCUUUGCGAAUAAGACUGCACUCCUUUUAUCAUGUAUACUGGUUUCUGGCUCUAAAUAGUGUUCUGCUGCUCAAAAAUAUUUAUAUUUGUCUCAACUCUCUCUUGCCUUCUCUGCCUUCUUAAGCGAGUCCUUAUAAUGUAUCUUUAUAAUUACACAUGAUUCAGUACAAGUGUGAGCAGGCAGAUUAACACUGCUGCCUAAAAAAAAAGGCUUUUGCAUACAGCCCUGCCUUUUUCCCCUCAUCCACUGAUUCAGACUCGGAUAGCAUGUCCAGCCCGGGCCGUCUGAGUGCGAGCCUGUCGGACGGUGAGGAGCAGCUUGACAAACUGCAGCAGGUGGAGCUGGCGAGGACGGUGCCCAUGUCCCGGUGGCGAGCUGGCACUGUUCAUGCCUGGCUCGAGGUCAUCAUGGCCAUGCCUAUGUACAUCCGUGCUUGUACAGACAACAUCAAGAGUGGCAAGGUGAUGUUAGCCUUAACUGACACAGAUCUGGAAGCUGGUUUGGGGAUCAGCAACUCUAUGCAUCGCAGAAAACUGCGUCUGGCCAUAGAGGAUUACAGACAGGCUGAGUCGGGACAUGGACUGUCGUAUGCUGCGGAUCUUGACCACCACUGGGUGGCGCAGGCAUGGCUAAAUGACGUAGGUCUGCCGCAGUAUUCCCAGUUCUUCCACACACACUUGGUCGAUGGACGCCUUCUGAGUACGCUCACACGAGCUGACCUGGAAAAGCACCUGCAUGUGUCCAAAAAAGCCCAUCAGACAAGUCUGCUGCUGGGAAUCCAGCUCCUACACAUUCUUAAUUUUAACAAAGAGCUUCUGCAAGCAAGGCGAGCAGACUGUGAGAUCCAGAACUCUGACCCUCUGGUCUGGUCUUGCCAGCGCAUUAUUAAAUGGCUCAGAGACAUCGACCUGAAGGAGUUUGCUGGCAGUCUACAGAACAGUGGUAUUCAUGGUGCUGUCAUGGUGCUUGAUCCUUCAUUUAACACAGACUCCAUGGCAACAGCGUUAGGUAUCUCUGCAAGCAAGCACAUGGUCCGUCAGCAUCUGAGUGAAGAAAUGAAGGCCCUACUUGCUACUGCAAGACUAGAUGUUGAGCAAGAAGUUGAGACCAUGGGAAUUCCACCCACUAUGUCCCGUCAGAGCUCUCUGGGACGCGCGACAAUAAGCCACCAUGAUGGUCAACACUCCUUCAGACAACUCAAACUCAGGCCAGAAGUAAGUUUCAAUCUGAAGAGUCACGGUGGAGCCACGUCUCUAAAUGCUAGCUGUGAGGACGUCACACCCCAGCCAGAAAACAGCCCAGCCAGAAACCUCUCUGCUGCUGACCUCUAAUCCUAGCUCUAAAAUCCUGAGACAUGGUCCAAAGCCAUAAUGAGACCCAUCUCAAGGUUUUAAGCUGUAAUCAAAUGUUGUUGAUGAAGCAGAGAUUUAUAUGAAUUUAUACUUGUCAGUUUCAACCUUUCCCCUGGACAUUUUUUAUGAAAAUGUUAUUAACUGUAUGUUUUGUAUUGACAACACUAGUACUGAUGUUUGUUUUGUAUUGUCAAAUUCAUAAAGUCGCAUAAAUAAAUGUGGAGCGUUUUAAAUAGCAUGUAAUAAUUGUAAAUUUUACCAUGUGUCUAAUGUUGUGGAAAUACGCUUGAUUACACCUAACUUUGCUCUGUUCUAUUAAUUUAUUUUCUAUUGCAAAUAACAGCAAAUAAUAUCCAGGUAAUUGGCUAUGACUCACCCAGUUCUGCAGAUGAAGGCUAAGCCUUGUCUUAGACUUAAAACACUAUUAAAAAAGAGACCCUGUAGAAAAUAUAAGGUCUAGACUUAACCGAUGGAUUCAAAACCAAGACUGCAUUAUCCUGUAUAGACGUGUCUCACCCUACAUGGACUCUGGAUAAUCUACCAACAACACUGAAUCUAAACCUGGGAAAAACCUCCCAUUAUCUCUAACCUCCAUGACUAAUAAUUUAAUUCUCUCAAACAGCAAAGACACACUUUUCUGUGAUUAAGCCCUUUAGGUAAUAAAAUCCACAUUCUUUUUUUUCUUUUU